GAGGUUCACUACAAAAAAUACCACCUCCCCUGUAUAAGGGGCCUGGAGGGUCACAAAGCAUUUCUCGUAAAGAAUCCUCUGCUGGGUAAUGCAAGCUCAGGUUAAUUCCCAUUUUCUCAACUUACUUGCUCAUUGCUGGGGUAUGUGAACCCCUCUCCCCACCCCCCCAAGCCAUGUCAAAAUGCCCACCAAUUGAGACAAUGGAAGACUUUAGGCUAUUGGUCGUGUGUGCAACUUCACACUCCCCAACUAACACUAACACUUGUGUCUACGCCAGUGGGACUCAAAGACUGACUCUUCCUAACUGGCACAAUUGUUAAGCACUUUUGUCCCUGACCUCACCGCAAACCACGCACUCAGCACACAGCGCAGUUCAAACUUAGACUGAACUGUGCGACUGAGAAAAUAUUCCAGUUUUAGCAUGGGUCCCGGGAUAAUGGUCAGAACUAGUUGAUGAUAAGAUGGGUCUUCUUCGCUGUUGUUGGUGACGGUGCAGGGAGUGGGGUGGAGGCGACUCCGAAUACAAAAGCAACUGAGCCAAACAGAAUUACAAUAUGGUUACAGCAUGGAAGGAGGCCAAUCAGUCCAUCAUGUUUGUGAUGGCUCUCUGAGGGAGCAAGUUACCCCACUCAUGCCUUCCUCACAUAGCCCUGCACUUCCUUUCUUUUCAGAUAUCGAACAAGCUGAUAUCUUCUGAGGAAGGGUCACCGGAUCCGAGACGUUAACUCUGUUUUCUCCUUCACAGAUGCUGCCAGACCUGCUGAGCUUUUCCAGCAACUUUGUUUUUGUAGCUGAUAUCUUUCUUCCCCUCAGAAGCCAUGCCCAGCGGAGUCUGAGAAAGUGACCUUUCUCUUACCACUGCCUUGGACAAAGGAGAGUAAUCGCAUUGUGGACCGGGACUGAAUCUGUUCCUUGCCGAAACUCAAAACCCAGAGUCACAGGGCAACUCCGGGGUCGUGUUCCAGCCGUCUGUUAGAACGAUGCAGACAACUGUCUGAUUCUCAACCACAGUCACAUAACUCGCAAGCUGUGAAGGUUAAAAUGUCUCUCUUGAUCCAGGUAGAACAUCUGCAGAAGAAUCUCUGCAAUCAAACGUUUCAUCCUGCAGAAGUUUACGCGCAAGAAACACCGAUGAGCUCUUGACCAAAGAAGUCAUUUCAAACAAAGAUCGCAGGAUUUUGGUGAAAGUUGUAAAACUUUAGCCAUGGCAGAUCACUGUGCCAACUCAUCACAAUGCAGUGACUUGAGCUUGACUGAUCUCAGCUUGUCUUGGAAUCAGAGUUAUGAGUAUGAACAAUACAUGUCAUUGCCUGAUAUAAGAGGGCAGGAGGCUGCCGAUAUCACUUUCUACCAGGCCAGGAUUGUGAUCGGUGUGGCCUUUGUCUGCAUCAUGCUGGUCUGCGGUGUCGGCAAUUUUUUCUUCAUUGUGACCCUGGCCAGAUACAAGAACCUGAGGAACAUCACCAAUCUCCUCAUAGUCAACCUGGCCAUCUCAGAUUUCAUUGUGGCCAUCGUGUGCUGCCCCUUCGAGAUGGAUUAUUACGUGGUCAGAGAGCUGUCCUGGAGCUUCGGUCAUGUUCUAUGUUCUUCUGUGAACUACCUCAGAAUGGUCUCCCUCUACGUCUCCACCAAUGCACUGCUGGCCAUAGCCGUCGACAGGUAAGAAACUCUUGUGUGUUAUGUGCAGGGCACUUCUGCAAGUUGUUAGAAGUCACCAUCAACCUGAACUCCGUUUCCUAGCCAGCGACUUCAUCCCCUCUUCAGACUUUAGUCUAGGUGAGGCCAAACCAGACAAUACGCACACUUGCAUCUUAUUUGACCCUGAGCAGAACUUCCAAACACAAUCUCUGCUCCAAGAGGAUAUACAUAGUAAAGUUGCCAUAGUGCUACCAGACCAUAGGUCUUCCCUCUCAUUAGAGAGAGAGACGACUGAUGGUGAGUUUAACCUAAUGUCACUAUAUCUCAAGCAAGGGGUGAGGUUGAGAGUUCUUCGUGGUGACCUCAGCCAAUUCAGGAACUGAGCCCACACUGUUGGCAUCA